AUGACAGAUCCUUCUAUUUCUGAUCUGCAUCGAACAAGAAAAAUUCUUGACAGUCUGCUUCCCCCAGCUGCAGAUAUCGUCAAACAUGUCUCUCCCAAAAGCCUACCUACUGAGUAUCUGGAGCUGCUGGAGUUCGUAUAUGGCUCUGUUGAAGAUGGAGACGAGUUGCUAGCCAAGUUUAUGAGCACUCUUCAAAACCAUGGCGAGAAGCCUUCAACUUAUUUGCAUAGAUUGCAAGUUCUCUUGAGCACAACAAUUCGGCGAGGUGGCAUAUCUGAAAGUGAAAGAGACUGUUGUCUUCUGAAGCAGUUUUGUCACGGCUGUUGGGACAACGGCCUCAUCGCUGACCUUCAGCUGGAAAAGAGGAAAUCCAACCCACAUUCAUUCGCAGAAUUAGUAGUGCUCAUUCGCACAGAGGAAGACAAAAAUGCCUCCAAAGAAGAACGAAUGAGGAAGCGCUUAGGGUUAAACAAGCACUGCCCUGCUCCUUCAAAAUUCAGAAUGUCAACCCACCAGAUAUCUGCACACUCAUGCGAUGCACUUGAUGUUGACCACACUGAAGCAACUCUCUUAAAGCAAGUCUGUGAUCUCCAAGCUCAAGUUAAUUCCCUGCAAAAGCAUUCUGGCCAGAAGGACAAAGCCAUUAAUGUGAAAUCAGAUGAAGUGAGUGCACUGAAGAUGGCUGUCACUGAAUUACAGGCCCAGGUCACAGCUAUGAAAACUGCAGCUACUUCAAAAAAGAAGAAUGAUGUGGAAGUAACUGAAAUCAUUGAAUUGAAGAGGCAGAUUGCUGACUUGAGAGUCCAAAUUUCUGCUCCUGAGAUGCACAGAAACCGUCCUGAGAAGUUUCCUCAGUCCACAGACUCUCCCAAUUACAAGCGACCUGAAUCAGGUACAACAGAGUGGUCCAGAAAUGGUCAAAUGCCUGACAGCAGACCCCAUCCGGGGUAUUGUUUCAGAUGUGGAGAAGAUGGUCAUCUUGCCAGCAGUUGUGGUAAUGCUCCUGAUCCCACUAAAGUUGCAGAAAAACGACACAAGCUAAGAGAGUGA